UUGUGAUGGAAGAUGAAUAUGUGCCAUCUGAUGUCAAGCCCGAAGGCCUGGUCACAAUUGAACCUACCACUCCCAUUGAGGCUCCUCACGUUGCUGUUCAACAAGAGGUCGAGAAGCCUGCACUACCCAUCGCUGAAGACGAACCUGUAUCAUCCGACUCUACGCCUUUAGAACCUCUUACUGUUGAAGCCAAUUCCGAUGACCCUGCCACGAUUGAUCCUAGCACUGAGACCGGGAUCUCGAGCAAUGCUAUCCAAGAGGUCGUGCAACCCGUCGCUGAGGGUGAAACGACAACAGUGUCCUUGUCAAAGAAGGACAAGAAGAAAUUGAAAAAGGCAGCAAAGAAAGGCAAACCGGCAAACACUGAUGUCGAGCCAACUCUUCCUGGAGACGCUACCGUCGAGUCAGAAGAUGUGUCGCAGUCAUUGGACUCGACUGUCCUACAAGCCGUCCGUGAGACAGCCAAAGAUGAUAGCACAGUCCAAGAGCCUAUCCAACCUUUGGAGCCUGCCAUUACUGAAGACGAGGCCAGGGCCGAGCCCCCUUCUUCCGAUACUAUUCAGGAAAUUACCGAAGAAUCUGCCAAAUCGGAAGAGCCCAUUCCAGAUGUCAAGACGGAGGAGACAAUAGCACUAUCCACCUUAUCCAAGAAAGAAAAGAAGAAGAAAGGCAAAAAGGGCGCAUCUCAAAGCUCAGAACCAAGCACUCCUUCCAUCGAGCUUACUGAAGAGCCGAUUUUGUCAUCCGAGCAAGCUUCCACUCAGCCUGAAUCCGCCCCCGAAGAAACCACCACCGAACCCGAGAGUGUACCUGUGUCUGAAAUAGCUCCUGCUGAGUCUAUCGCUGAGAGUGGAACUAAUGAGCCUCGAGCGAGCGAGCCUCCGGCAUUGGAUGACGAUACCCCCUUGCAGCCCACUUCCAAGAAAUCGAAGAAGAAGAAUAAGAAGGGCAAGUCGUCAGUUUCUGAGCCCAGUACCCCGGCUAUUGAGAAAGAAGAGCCUGUCCUGGUUUCUGAACUGAUCACUCCUACCGCCGAAAAGGAAGAACCUGCCCUUGUUUCCGAGCCGAUUGCUCCUGCUGUCGAAAAAGAUGAGCCAAUUCUAGUGUCCGAGCCGGCUCUUGAAGUCCCUUCUGUAAAGCCCGACAAUGACGUCGAUCCCGCUGAGAAUGUUGCUGACCCCGCGCUCGCCGUGCCUCUUGAGGAAAAUCGAGAGGUCACCCUAGAAAGCGAGAAGACCUCCGAUGAUCCAAUCACUGCACCUUCUACGAAGAAAGACAAGAAAAAGAAGGGCAAGAACAGUAGAGCAUCUAUAUCGGAGCCUAGUACCCCUUCCGCUGAGUUGAAAGAGGAGCCAAAGUUGUCAGUUGACUUGUCUACGACGGACAUUGCUCCUUCUGAGUCUGGGCAAAAGGAAACAUCUGAGCCCAUUUUCGAACCUACAAGAGACAUCGAUUUGAAAGAAGAACCAAAGCUAUCAGGUGAACAUUCUCCAGUCGAAAUUCUUCCGGUUGAGUCGGAAAACAAGGGCUUAUCUGAACCUCUGCCUGAGCCUACGCGAGAGGCUGCCGGACCUUCCACUGAAGGCGAAAAAGAAAACGAGCCAAUCACACCAUUGUCCAAGAAAGAGAGGAAGAAGAAGAACAGAAAGAUCAAGGGUCCAGGCGAGGAGCCAACCGUCUUGGAGUCGAUUGAAAAGGCUACAGAAUCUUCGCUGCCUACUGAACCUGCUCCUGGCGACGAUAAACCGAAUUCUGUUAUUGAAGUGUCUGAGAGCCUAACUACCGAUGCUGAACCACUCCCCAAUCGAGAUAUUUCACAAGCUGCGCCAGUGGAAAUUGAACAGUCUGCACCUGUGUCCAAAAAAGAGAAGAAAAAGAAGGGCAAGAAAGCGAACCAGACUGAAAAGGAUCAAGACCAGCUGCAAACAGAUAGUUCAGUGACUGAACCCAUCGUUGUCGAGCCGCAUGGCAACGAUACCGGCACGGAUACUCCUUCUGAGAGCAAGAUAGAGACAAAUCUUGAACUCGACCAAUCGCCGCCUUCAAUCCAGGAACUUGGAGAGGCCGUGCCUUCUUCCGAUGAUAAGAUUGUUCAAGAAGAGGAGCCAUCGGGGGAUCAAUUAAGGUCUGACCUGAUCAUUGACGUCGAUAAAGUGGCUGAGGCUGACGAACUUACAAUUGAUUCGGAGCCAAGGAACGACAUCACAAACGACUCAAUCUUGACGCAAGAAGACGGCUCCUCCGCACCUCUUUCCAAGAAAGAGAGGAAGAAAAAGAAUAAACAGCGGAAAUCGGUGUCUUUUGACCCAAGCGUACCAAUUCCAGAGGAGCUUAGCGAGCCAUCCAAAGACAAUGCAGAGUUUAGUGAUACUCCGCAGAUGGUUGACGCAGCUUUGCCCGCGGAAGAAGAGAGCGUUCGUGAUAUCACAGAGCCUUCUACGUCAGUGGCGGAAACCUCUCUGGAAGCGCCCUCUACAACUUCGAAGAAGGACAGGAAGAAGAAAGGUGGAAAAAGCAUCACUAGUCAAGACGCCGACUCCACACAACCGUCCCAGAAGCCCGUGCCCGAUGAAGAUCUUGUGGGCCCGUCUACAGAACCCACCACCGUGCGCAACGACGUGUUGUCAGGUGACAAGGAUCUUUCACCGCUAGUUGGACCCACUUCGCCUCCAUCCGAACCGAUUACCGAAGAUGUCGAAAAAGAUGACAAGAAGACUACUUCGCAAGCUGCUGCUGGGCAAGCAGAGGAGGUUGUGGACGAGUGGGCCAUGCCGUCCAAGAAGGAUAAAAAGAAGAAGGGUAAGAAGGCGGCGAAUGAUGUCGCCGCACAGACCUCAGCAACCCCAGAGAUCCAAUCUGAGGUAUCUCACGGACUUGAAGCAGGUCAAGAAGCUGUUACUGCUCCUUCUGAAGUUACUGGAGAUGGUUCCCCGGUCGUUCAGGAUGUCCUUGUUGCGGCAGAACCCGAGUUGCCGUCUUUGCCCGAAGUAGUGCCAGAGCCAAAGACGGAGGAUGUGGAGGAUGAAUGGGCUGCACCCGUUUCCAAGAAGGAUAAAAAGAAGAACAAAAAAGGAAAGAAGAGUCUCCUCGAAGAUGAUGUUCCUUCUGUUGCAUCGACGACUAUCGAGAAGAAAAUUAUCCCGGUCAUUGAGGAAUCACCAAAGUCUCCACUUCCUGAAGAGCCCUCGAACCAAGCAAACGGGAAAUCUUCAGAGCCACUCGCGGAAUCCCCAGCCGAUCAGUCUAUAGAUCAGCCAGCAGAACCUCCCGUUGUCGAUGUCGCCGAUGAAAUUACCCCUUUGUCGAAGAAAGCCAAGAAGAAGGCAAAGAAGACUAAAAAGAACAUCGGAAAGGAUGAGAGUGACCCAUCUACUGGUCUAGAGUCGAGCACUGGGGUUGAUGCAACUAAAACCAUUCAUGAGAUUCCAGUAGUAGACGCGCCGACAGAGGUCCUUGCCGCUGACGAAUCAUCUACGCCCUCGUCUUCGACCGAAAUUCCUGAGAGAAAUGAGGAUACGGAGAGUCUCAGUAAAGCAGAUGCACCUGUUGCCAUCGAUGAACCUAGGAUUCAAGGACCGGAAGCCCCACAAGUCGAACAAGAAACAGGGCCUGAGCCAGCCAGGACGCCCACCGACGAUGCAGAUCAAAAGACGACGUCCAAGAGCAAAAAGAAAAAGAAGGGCAAAAAGUCUGCCGUCGAAACCGAAGCACCCGAGACUACCACUCCAUUUUCUGGAGAGGAUCGGGUCCUACAAGAUCCUUCGGUUGUAAUCGAUGCGCCAAAUACUCUUGAACCUCAGUCGGAAAUUGAAUCAAUCACGCAGCCUCUUCAGACUCCAAGUUUCGAGCCCACUAUCCCCGAAUCGACUUCUAUCACACAUGAAGUUGUUCCUCAAGUAGCUCCGGAACAAGCCACACAGUCUGACGAGAGUCUGAAGCCCGAGCCCAUCGUCUCUGAAUCGACUCCUAUCACACAGGAAGUUGCUCUUCCAGAAUCAGUUCAAGAAAAUGACACCCCAGCACCGCCGCUUUCCAAGAAAGAUAAGAAGAAGGCAAAGAAAGGCAAGCGUGCCUCAACCACACUCCAGGAAGAACCUGCUACCCCCAUCGUCACCCCAAGUGAAGAAGUCAAAGAAGACGAGACGUCCGUCGCUCGGCCUGAGCCAACGCAAGUCACACCGGACGUGGUUGAAGAUGUACAAGCUGCAACUUCUGAUGUCGCUCUCGCUGGGGAUGGCACGCAGGAGCCAAUUGAGAAGGAUGAUGAAGAAACAGUGCCAUUGUCGAAGAAAGAUAGGAAGAAGGCCAAGAAGGCUCAACGCAAGUCGUUGCUUAGUGAGGAUGUCUCUGAGCCUUCGAAGGAGACGACUUCCAUUGAAGAGACUGUUCGCACCCCCGAUGAUCUAGAAAAGCUAGUUGAAGAUUCGACUGCCCAAUCCGAGAUCCAAGCGACUCAGGCUGAAAAUUCGACUUAUACUUCUGACAUCCAGGAAACCCCGGUCGCAGAAUCAAUUUCUACUCCUGAUGUCCAGGAACACCCUGCCGAAGAGUUCUUACCCACACCAUCUAAACCCGAGCUCAAGGAAGGAGCAGACGAACUUGAUGAGUGGGCUACACUCUCCAAGAAGGACAAAAAGAAGAAGAAGAAGGGUAAAAAGGGGAAGCUAGAUGAAAGCGAAACUCCCACGCCAACCAUUACCAGCCCUCACCCCGAAGAAUCACAGCCUGUUCACGUCCAGGAAGAUCCCACUUCUGCAACUCCAAUUUCCGAACAAGCCAUCGAGGCCGAAGAAACAAUACCUUCUGUAACGCCCGUAACCGAGGAGCCUGCAGCAGAGGAGACCCGAUCCGAUCCAAUCCAAGAGGAAUCUGCUUCUCCACUCCCACUCACUGAGCAAGUGACUGCAGUAGAAGAAAGAGCUCUCCUCGCAACGUCCGUGGUGGAAGACUCUCCGUCCGAGAAGCCUCAGGAAGUCGAUGAGUGGGCGCCUAUUCCCAAAAAGAGUAAGAAGAAGGGCAAAAAGGGGAGGGAUGUCCCGCCUGCAGUGGAUGAGCCUUCCACGCACAAUGAGACGCCGACACAAAACAUUAAAGAGGCACCUUCGGAUGAGCCAAGCGCUUCUACUCCACUGGAUGUUGAGCCGCAAGUUUUGAAUCGCGAAGUGACCCUUGAGGACAAUGCACAAUCACCUGUCGAUAAUGUCGAUGUAAAUGCUCCAGUGGAAGCUGAACCGGCGGUGCCAAUGUCGAAGAAGGAUAGAAAGAAAGCGAAGAAGGCCAAACAAACCACAUUGGAUGGGGGCGAGCCUCUUGAAUCUGUCGCUGAGACCCAAGGUCCUAUCCCAGAAGCCCCUUUGGAAACAGAGGCUACUCCUACCCCGUCUGAGGUCGUUGUCGAUACUGUACAGCAGCAACCUCUAGAAGAUGAAUGGGCGGCGCCGUUGACAAAGAAGGACAAGAAGAAGGGUAAAAAGGCUAAACAAUCUCCUGUUCCCGAGAUCCAACCAUCUGAGCCCGUUGAGAUUGUUGCUACAUCUACGGAGGAAACACCCCAACCCGAGGUUGAUGACAAGCCUGUCGUUCCCUCCGAAAAGUUCGUCAUUCCAGAGACAGCAGUCGAUGAGCAGCCCGUUGUUUCCACCGAGCAUUCUAGCACUGGAGAGACAGUAGUCGAUGAACAGCCUGCUGUACGUACUGGGCAAUCUCAAGACAUUGUAACGCCGACAGUGGAAGAAGAUUUCGCGCCUCUUUCCAAGAAAGCGAAAAAGAAGGCCAAGAAGGGCAAACGUGCAUCCACAAUUGAAGACCAGGCUUCUCCUCCCAUUGAAGAGCUUCAAAGCACUGCGUCCACUGAAGAGGCGACUCUUUUGCCCGAAGAGUCAAUAACUGUGCCAGCGGAAGCACGAUCUGUUCCAGUAGAAGACGGAUCAUCCGAAUCGGCUCCUCUUCCAACAACACUGGAGAAUGUCGCCUCAGAAGCUUCUGAACAGUUGCCUACGCCAAUCGAACCUACAGAGGCAGCAGAAAAUGACCAGGACGCUGCGCCAACGAAGAAGAGUAAGAAGAAUAAGAAAAGCAAAACCCGGGUACCAGCUCUCGAGGAACCCCCACCCGAAACUUCAUCACCAGCUGUGGAAGACGAGAAGCCCCCCAUCAAUAUCGAUUCUACACUGCCUGCAUCGACUGCAGCUCUUGGUGACGCUCCAGGUAUCUCCGACACUUCACCUACUGACGAUUCAUCCCUUGUACCUGAACCUAUUAUCGAAGCGACAAAUAAAAUCGUCGAAGAAGCUCCGACUGCCCCCGCCGAGCCCUUAAUUCCAGAAUCAGAAUUGGCCAAAGAAGAGGAAGAGCCUAGCACAAGUUCAACCAAGAAAAAGAAGAAGGGGAAGAAAGGGAAGCGUGCUUCCACUAUAGAGGAAUCUGUCCAAGAGACAAGCACACCCGAGGUUGAUGCCGAGUCUCCUCAAGUUGCGGACGACCUCGUCGUUCCUGUAUCGGAGGAGUUGAGUGUGCCCAUCAUUGAAACAGAGAAGCCUAUCGAAGAUGCCGUUGCACCCGAAGAGCAAAAGAUCAAUGAAUCCGCCAACGAUUCCAUAUCUGCAUCAACCGAGCCUACUCAGGCUGAAGAUGCUCCUGUAGACGAAGUGGCUGCUCCCCUUUCCAAGAAGGACAAGAAGAGGGCGAGGAAGGCCAAAAAGUCGGCACAAUCUACACUUCCUGACGAUGAAGCUGUGGCCGAAGCUGCUUCAGAACCUUCUCGUGGAGUAAUAUCUUCUGCGAGUGAAAAUGUACAGAUCGAGGAAAUUCCGGUUGGCAAUGACUUAAUUUCGAGCUCUAAAGUGGACGAGCAGAGCGAUGAGAAGAACAAGAAACAAGACGAUACUGAAACCAUCACGCUCCUGAGAGAUGCAGCAAUCGCUCCUGAAAGUGGGGAUUCCGCGAAAGAAAUUGAGAAGAUUGACCCUGAGCCUUCAAAGGACGAUAUCCCCACAGCGAGUGAGACCGUUCAGUUAAGUGAAGGAGCUUCGACCGAGCAGCUGCCGCCAUCCAGCCAAGACGAUUGGGCCAACUUCUCAACUAAAACUAAGAAAGGAAGGAAGGGCAAGGGCAAAUCUUCAGACCCUAUCACCCUGGCCGAAGAGGUUAUCCCCCAGGCCCAGCCAGAACCGGUCCAGGAGCCUAUCUCUUCUCUUGCCAUCCAGGAACAGAAUUCGGCUGAGGUCCCGGAGCAAACCGUUGAUGAUGAUGAUUGGGGCGCUCCUAUAACGAAGAAAAACAAGAAGAAGGGCAAGAAAGGGAAGGAAAAGCAGCAACCGGAGUCGGUUGUACCAGCUACUGAGGAGCUGCCUAAAGUUUCAGUCGACGAGUCUGCUGUUGAAACCACGUCAGAAGUGCAGGUGGAUUCUGCUGCCAAGGACGAAACAAUUGAUGAUCUGAACGAUGCCACUUCAAACCCUUCGGCUAAUGAAAGACUCACAAAAUUCGCGGAGCCGUCUAUCGCGCCUGAGUCUGGUGAUUUGUCGACAGCUGCCAAUGUUCCUGAAGUGGUAGAAGAUACUCCGCCUAUCAUUGAAGAGGUCCAAGAGAGUCGCGAUUCCAAAGACAACACAACUCCGACCGACCAAGACGAUCCUGUAGUUGACGAAUGGGCUCCAAUCUCCAAAAAGAAAAAAGGCAAGAAGAGCAAGAAGUCAGACUCUGUUACACCUCCAGUGACCACUAUCUCUGGUGUUGCCAACGAGCUUGUCGGCCAACCAUCGGAGGUUGUUAGGGAAAUUUCGGCGUCUGAAGAAGUUCUGGAGCCAAAGGCGAAACUGAUCGUUGAGGAACCAGCCCAGCUUGAGCAGCCUAUCCAGAACACGGAACAAGUCAAGGGGGUCGAUUCUGCAGUAUUACAGCAGCCAGACGAAACCAUCGACGAGCGGGCACUGCCAGCUUCUUCGAAAAAGAAGAAGGGUAAGAAGGAAAAGCGUCAAUCCAACGCUGCAGUACCCCUUGUCCAAGAAGUUAAAAUACCUGCGGAGAAGGUACCGGACCUCAAAGACCCAGAGAUUGGGAAGGAUGAUAUCGAGAGCAUCACUGAGAACAAGACUGAACAAGACAAUAGUUCAGUGCAAGAAUCCAAAGAAGAUGCUACAGCCACGCCUGAACCAGCUGCAGAGAUCAUAGAUGAAUGGGCAACGCCAAUCUCGAAAAAGAAAGGUAAAAAGAGCAAAGGCAAAAAAUCCGAGCCACAAACGCCAGCGAUUGAAAUGAAUGAGCCUCUCCUCGAAAGCGCUCCCGCUGCGCCACCAUCUGUAGAGGCUGAUAGAGAGUUGGAAGUGCCUGAACAAGAUUCUCUUGCGGUAGUUGAAGAAGCUACAAAGAAGGAGGAUGUGUCAAAGCCUGAUCUUACCCGGAAAAUGAGUAAAAAAGAGAAGAAGGCGAAGAAGAAAGGCCUACUGGCACCGCCAUCGGAAAGCUUGCCUGAUGUUAUCGAGCCAACGAAAGAAGAUAACGGCACUAUUGAUGAGGACACAUCAUCCAAAUAUGGGGACGUUGCUACUUCGGAAGAACCUCAAUCUAACCUUCCUACCCAAAAUGAGUCCUCGCUUCCUAUGCCGGAAACGGUCCCAGAACCCAUUGAUCCUUCCCCGCAGGAAAACAAUGUGGAAGACGAAUGGGCGGCUACAACGUCGAAGAAAGGAAAGCGCCAGUCGACGGUGGACGUGAAAACAGAAGAGACGCAAGUGCCGUCGAUCCUGCCAGAAGCAGAGUUUGCCCAAGAAACUCCUGCAACUCAAUCCGCCGAAAGCUCUUUCGAGUCGAAGGAUCAGACUACCGAGCUUAUCCGUGAAAGUGUGCAGCCCGAAGAAUCAGUUGCAAUCUCAAAUCCUCCCAUCGAUGUAUUGGAAGACCGACCUACUCGACUACAACCCGAAGCUGUUCAGGAGAUCUCGAAUGAACCUGAAGUCGACGAGUGGGCAGUCCCGACAAAGGCUUCCAAGAAGAAUAAGAAAGGGAAGAAGGAAAAGGCAACAGUCACCAUGGUCGACAAUAACAAAGAAUCGAUAGCGGCUGCUCCGUCUUCAGAACUCGAGAAAGCGGCUGAGAAGCCAACUACCUCAACGCCUUCCGAAGAAGAAGCACAACUACCUUCCGUCGAAGAUGAGCAAGUCGACGAGUGGGCCGUUCCUGCCAAGAAAUCGAAGAAGGAUAAGAAGAAGGGUAAAAAGGGACAACCCGUAUCAGCCAUUCCAGCUUCUACUACCGAGAAGGAGCUCGAGCCGGGCAAGGAACUUGACAUUGAGGUUCCUCCGCUUCCACCACCUCAAGAUGAUGUUAAAUCCAGCGAGCAACCCUCAGAUGCUCAGGGAAACAUCAGCGAUACCGGCAUUCUCAGCAAAGAACUCGACCUCGGUGAUGACCGCAUGCAACCAAAUGAACCGAUCGCGGAGCCCAUGUCUGUUGAAUCCACGGAGAAUGUACCCGUCGAGCCGCUAUCUCCUUCUUCGAAAGCUCUGCUCAAUGAAGUCGCCGACUUUAAGCAACGAGCUGAAACCCUCGACCGGGAUUUAGCGGCCCAAGAAGAACAACAGACUCCUUCUACCCCGGCAUCAACCAUGUUCGACGUUGUGGGCAAACUCAGCAAGAAAGAUAAGAAGAAGGCCAAGAAGAGCAACGCUGCCCCAGUCGAAUCGUCAGAAGUCACGGAGCCUGUUGCCGGUUUCGUUACAAGAGAGAUUACAGAUCCUGAUAUUGAAUCUGCGGAGCGGGAAGUCAGCGAACCACAGAGUAUUCCGUCAACAGAGCAGGUUUCGGAAAGUAUCAAAGAAGACGAACCCACUGUUGUCGAAACACCUUCCCGUAAAUUGAGCAAGAAGGAGAAGAAGAAGAAGGCAAAGACUGAUUCUUCAUCGACUUUGAAUGAGUUUACUCCAGAGUCUGUUCCUACUCUGCAAGAGAAUCAGCCCGUUGUCGAGGAAACGAUCACGACACCCAAUGCUGCUCAAGAUACAUUACAAAUUGAUGUACAAGAGGAGGCUACCGCAUUUGGUCAGAAUAAGUCAGCAACAGAAGAAUCAGGGACUGUGCAAGAUCUGAACACUAAGGCCGAUGAAGCAUCCGAACCUCAAGAGAUCCAAUCGGAAACCACUUCUCAAGCACCCUUGCCGGAGCGCAUACCAGCGUCUAGCGUUCCGGAGGUUGCCGAAGAUAAUGUGACACCUCUCUCUCGAUCCGCUAGCAAGAAGGCAAAGAAGAAAGCGAACAGAACUAGUGUUUCUUGGAGCGAGCCAGCCGAGGAAAUUGCUAUGCCUGAUGUUUCCGAGAGCCGAACUGUCGAUCUUGUUGAAUCUGUACCAGAUGCAAUCAUAGGCACAGAGGCAUUGGCUCAGGGAGAUCCUAUCGCCCCACCCAUCACGGAAACUCAAGAGACAGUGGUUGAAGAAGCACCUGUCCCCUCUCGCAAGCUUAGCAAAAAGGACAAGAAAAAGGCUAAACGGGCAGCUUCUUCAUGGGAUGAUGAGCCUAGCACGGAACUCUCGCAGUCAAUUACUACAACGGAAGACAUCUCUGCUCAAGACAGUGCGAUCGAGCCUACUCCGGUCAAAGUAGACAUCAAUUCAGCUGUUGAGGAGGCGCCCGUCAUGUCUCGCAAACUCAGCAAAAAGGAAAAGAAAAAAUCCAAGAACGCCGCUCUUAACGUGGAAGAAUCGGAACAGAGCUCCAAGCUUGAAGAAUCUGUUCCCGCAGUCGUGGGGGAGCCUGCCUUCCAGGUUGAGCGCGACAUCAGUCAUAACACAGAGUCAUCUAUCUCUGCUGAACAAGUCACUGAGCAGCUUUCCGAUGUCCCAGCCACAAUCACACAAGGCAUCACGAAACAAGAAGAAACGACAACGCCAGUGGCUUUGGAAGAUACUCCUGCCUUGACACUCAAGCAGGGUAAGAAGGAAACGAAGAAGAAUGCCGCUAGUGUAGCGUUGGAUCUAGAUACUCCAGCUGUUGAAGACCUCCCUGCUCCUACCGAACCUGAUAUGCCUUCCCAAGCAGAGAACGUAGACAAUAGUGUCCAAGCACCCUUCAACAAGAAAGAUAAGAAAAAGAAGGGCAAGAAGAGUUCUGCUGCUGCGGCGUGGGACGAACCUCAAGCCAUCGAAACCGUGAAAGAGCCUUUAAAAGCAAAUGAUCAAGAUCAGAAGCCCGAGGAUCUCCCAGGAUCAAUCACUCUCACAGACGAUGUUAGCCGGAGUUUACCUAUAAAUGAGCAUGUCACCCCAUCAAGCGCAGAAACCCCAAGCGCUCACGACACUAUCGCAACUGAGCCUGAUGAUGAAUGGGCUCUUCCAGUGAAGAAGUUGAAGAAAGAGAAACGGAAAUCGAAAACCGUGGGCGUUAUAUUGGAAGACCCCAUCACUGUUUCACAGGAACCUACACAGUCAAAUAUUGAUGCCAACGUAGAUGUCACUCAAACGGCUGAACCAAGUAAAGACUUGACUCCUCCCGCACGUGAAUCUCUUCCGACUCCGAUUGAAAUCGAAGCUUUCGAGCCAACCAAGCCAAGCAAAAAGAAGGGAAAGAAACACAAACUCUCUGCUAUGUUCGAGCCUGAUACCCCAGAAGAAACACUACCUGAAGGGUUCCAAUCUAAACCGUCUGUUGAAGAAGUUGUGGAAGUCCAGAAAGCUCAAACGGAACCAGCAAUCGAACCGAAGUCACCCGAGCAAGAUAUAGACUUCGCUGCGACAGUCGCUGCAGGCCUGAAGGAGUCCGGCUUCGACGCAAAUCUGGUACUGGACGAUCCAACCUUCCACCGAUCCAAGUCUCCACCAGGCCAAACCCGAGAUAUCUCACCUGAGGAGGACGUCCUCGCUGCCAAGGAGAGCGCAAUCAAGUCAAAGUUUGGACGUCUGAGCCGAUCGCCAUCGCCAACGGAACGCAACAUCACCGAGGUCGAGAAUAAACGGGCUCAGCCUGAUGAGCCACUCACCUUCAACGCUGCCGAUAGUGCUGCUACAUUCAAUCCUAUGGACAUUCUCAGCGAUCCUGCUUUUUCACAACGUAAGACUCCGCCAGGCGUGCUCGAAGAGGCCGAUCCUGAUGAGCUCUGGUCAUCGUCAAAGAAAGGCAAAAAGAACAAGAAAAAGAACAGAACAUCUACGUUCGAUAUCGGAGUAGAGAGGAAGCAAGACCCUGUUGCGGCGGGUCCGACUGAAUCGAUUCACUUUGCUGAAGCGAAACAGGAUGAUGCUCCGGAUGUUCUUGAGGCUACCCCGACUGUGGAGCAAGAGCCCGGAGACACGUGGGGUUCUAGUACUAGGAAAGGCAAAAAGGGGAAGAAUGGAAGGAAAGUCGAGGAUCCUGCAGCGGUCCCGCUUGACGCUCCGGACACUAUGAAGUCAAUCUCGCGAGAUGUUCAUGAUCUAAAUCUUGAAGAGCCACCAACAGAAGCAGCUAUUAGUAUCGUGCCUGCUUCGGAACAGGAGCAAUCUCAUAAUUUGGUUCUGUCACACGAUCAGCCUAAAUCAGAGGAUAUUGCAGAGACGGGUGAAGACGUAUGGGAUGAACAACCAAGGAAGAAGGGGAAGAAAGGCAGAGGCAAAUCGAAGGUUAUUGACAUAACAGAGAACAAUGUAGAAUCUUCCACGCCUGUGCUCGCUAGUCUCGAGGAAGAUGCGGAGCAGCGAUCAAGAAAAGAGAAGGAAUUGACCGGAUAUGAGCAGACAAAGCAAGAAGAAGGAUGGUCAUCGCCGAAGAAAAAGAGCAAGAAAGACCAGAAAGGGGGCGUUGAGGUUGCAGCUCUGGCAGCAGCUGGUGCGGCUGCACUCGGAUCUAUUGCUUACGCCAAGGCAAAAGAGGACAAGACAAGUGAUGAUGUUGGAGUCACCGACUUCCCCACGACUUUCGACGUGAAACCAAAGUCUUUCAAUGAGAAAGAAGUAACGGAAUAUCCAUUUCCGCACGUGGAAACUCCGAAAGAAGAGAAGGUCUCUAUACAAGAAGAGGUUGACGAAUGGACUUUGCCAGAAAAGAAGAAGGAAAAGAAGGGCAAGAAGGGUAAAAGAAAAGCGGAUGUCUCAGUCGAGAAUGCAGACACCCACGUGUCUCGAGCAGCUACUCCUGAAGUCAGUGCCAACAUACACGAAGGGAUAAAACGACACGAACAUCCAACAUCCCCAGAUGCGCAGCCAGAAGAGAAACGGGUGCACCUCUCCGAAUCUCUUGCAAACACGCCUGCAGCAAUCGAACCGACGUGGUCCUUCGGUGGAGUACGCGACAGCGCUGUACACGUGGCGGACUCCCCGGAAGUUUCGGCUACCCCACGCUUCACAGACGAUGCAAAUGUUCGUGAUAGUGGGUACCAUGAUGUAGCAUCUACCUCAAUUCACCACGAAUCAGAGAAGCUCUCUCUAGGCUCUCCGAUGAGGGAAAGGCGACGUGCAAAGCAGCCGGAAACACCGCGCCAUUCACGUGAUCUUUCAAUCGGCGAGCAUGAUCACACUCGAUCAAGGAGCCCAUCGCUCCCAGAGUUGCCUUUGCUUGCCGGGGCUGCAGGUGUCGUGGCCGCAGCGGCUGCCAUUGGUGCCAUGGGUUCUUCCGAUGCCAUAGACUCAGCAACCAAGGAACGAACUUCAUACCUGUUUGAUUCGUCACCCUCAACCCGUCAGUAUGGGGAGUCGCCUUCAGUCUCAUUGAGACAUCGCUCACAGGAACAUGCUUCUGGUGACAAAGUCCAUUCGCCAGUUGAGGCUCGUAACGAAAAAUCGCGACAAGCCAAAUCAUCGCACUCGGAGUCUCUCGAAGAAUUUGUCACACCCACAAAAGAGUCGAAGCAUAGGAGGGCGAGCAUAGAGCAUGUGUCACCUACAAAGGAGCAAAACCAUGAGAAGCCAUAUCAAUCUAUCUUUGGAGAUCCGAGUGAAAAAAAGCAGGAAAAGUCGGCAACAUUAUCUACACCUACUGCGAAGCAAACCCGGACUCCUAGCAGCAUACUCGGGACCAUCAAAGAGAGCAGUCCAGACGAUUCGCCCUUGCACAAGAAGGGACGGGACAUCUCCGACGUUGGGGCAUCUGAGCACGGUGUCAAAUCUGCUCGGCGCAGCAUCAACACCAAGUCCGUGUCUGAGCGGGUGAGGUCACCAGCACCGGUGACGCCUACGCCAGCUGGUCGCAAGAGCACUGCCUCCACUGCCGUCGAAACCUCAACUCCCGCGAGAGAUUCGCCAUGGCGUCAAGUUCACGAGAGUGUGGACAGGAGCAUGACACUGAGCCCUGCACGUAAACGACUACCACACCAGGAACACUCUACGCCCACUCCAGACCCGGCCAAACGACGCGUGAGUGAACAACGCUCUCCAAGUGCUUCUUUGAGAAGCCCUGAUCUGGAGCGGCCGCUCAGUGCCUUGAGCAACAUAUCUGCACACUCCAAUCACUCGUUACGACGAGUGGAUAGAAGCAGGUCAGGUGACCUAAGGGCUGCCGCCAGUCUUGGCGAGGUCAAUGCGGGCGCUAAAACCAAAUCAUCCGAACCCAAUCUCGCCGGCAUUGCACUUGCUGCCGGAGCAACCGCAGCAAUCGCGGCGGGCAUCGCCAGCUCAUCAAAGUACGACCCGAUCAAAGACAAAGGCAAGGGUCGGGGCGACAUGGCUGAUGUCUACGAGGCAUGGGGCGAGGCUCAAGGCUCGCCAAUGUCACCAACCCGCCCGCCUAGCGUGCGUAAGCGCCAGAGCAUGCAGAUAUUGGACAUGCAACAACAGCUCGAGAAUCUUGCAGCCCAUAAUCGAUCUCUUGAGGAGGCCAAAGCCAAAGCCGAGGAGACUUUGCAAGCAGCCAAUUACCAGCGCGAAGUCGAUUCUCAGGUAAUCUCCGAGGCUGUUGCCGCACGUGACCGGGAACUUCGCCAGCGCGAUAUCGACAUUGCUCAGCUUCGAGACACUCUGCAGAGCCUUCAGAGGGAGAUUGCCAGGCUUACCGAACUCAACAAUACUCUCACCGAGGCGAACCGAAACUUGACCAAUGAUGUCAACCAGAGAUAUGCCGCUCUACAAUCCGAAGGCCAACAAGCACACGACCAAUGGCAGCAGUCAGCAAGAGAGCUCGAAGAACUUCGAGCGGCGCACAGCCACCUCAAGAAUGGCAUGCAAGCUGCCUUAAGUAGUGAGAUUGGUAUAGCCCUCAGCGACCGUGAUGCCGAGAUCAAUCGCCUGAAUGCGGAAUUGGCGAGUGCAAAGGAGAAGGUCAAAUCAUUGCAGAAGCAAAUCCUUGCUACCAAGACUCCAAACGAAAGUUUCCUUACCGUACGUGACGAGGAUUACUUCGACAGCGCCUGCCAGCAACUUUGCAAGCACGUUCAGCAAUGGGUAUUGCGCUUCUCAAAAUUCUCUGAUCAACGCGCUUGCCGUCUCACGUCCGAGAUUGCAGCCGACACUAGGCUGGAUACCGCGACGCGGCAAAAGAUCGACACCCGUCUUGAUGAUUGUAUCUUAGAUGGCUCUGAUGUCGAUGCCCUCUUGGCCGAUCGAGUGAAGCGACGGGAUGUUUUCAUGUCCGUCGUCAUGACCAUGAUUUGGGAGUAUGUCUUCACAAGGUAUCUAUUCGGUAUGGAUCGAGAACAACGACAGAAACUCAAGUCGCUGGAGAAGACGUUGAACGAAGUUGGUCCACCACGCGCGGUAGCACAAUGGCGAGCCAUCACAUUGACUCUUCUCUCCAAACGAGAACCUUUCGUUCAACAACGUACUCAGGAUACCGAAGCUGUUGUCCACGAAAUCUACAGCACCCUUGCCAUCCUUCUGCCACCACCUUCACACCUCCAGCGGCAGAUCCAAGAGUCAUUACGCAACGUCAUGCGCCUCGCAGUCUCCCUCGCCAUCGAGAUGCGCACCCAACGUGCCGAGUACAUCAUGUUACCCCCUCUACAACCCGAGUAUGACACUAACGGCGACCUGGUCGCCAAAGUCAACUUCAAUGCGCAACUCAUGAACGAGCGCUCUGGAGAGUUCACAUCCAACGAUGAGCUAGAAGCCCGCAAGGCGGUUGUCAAGAUCGUCCUCUUUAACCUUGUGGUCAAAAAGGGUGACGAUUACGGCGAAGGCGGCGACGAGAUUGUCGUGUGUCCUGCGCAAGUGUUAAUCGCGAGGCCGAACAACAAGAAAGUGGUUCGUGUGAUGAGCGGAGCUAUGAGCCUUGCUAGUCGACGAAGCAGUCCCAGCCUUGCUCCCGAGAGCUCCGUCAUGGACAUCGAUAACCCCAACAAUAUGAUAUAA